UUCCAAAAAAGAGACGUGUUUACAAAGAAGACUCACUGACUUCUUUCACCCACACCAUCCUCUUAUAUAUAUUAUUAUUAUCUGACAUGUAAAUUAACAGAAAAAACACUCAACACUUAAAAGAGUUUAAGAAUUUCAAACAUGUCGUCACUCUGCACACUCUUCUUCACUUGCUUUGGUCGAAAAUCUGAUUUACGGAUCGACACAACCGACACUAACUUGGAGGUCAUGUCUUUGAAGAAACCGAAAAGAAAAACCGAGUCCCCGAGAACUCCCACCAUCGUUGUCUCGUAUUUUCCAGUAGGCUCCAACCUUUCCCGUCUGUAGAAAUUUGGAACGAUGAAAACACAAAUUUUGUAGUGAUGAGAAGACAAUGACCAAGAAAAUAUAUGAGGCUGAUAAAAAAAAAAUAAUAAAAUAAAAAAAAAUAAAAAAAAUAAAAAAAUGAGGCUGAUACUUUUCAUCCAAUCAGAUCUUUUUUUUGUUCCUUUUAUUCGUUUGAUUACGUAAUAGACCAGUGAAAGAAUAUCAUUAUGGUCGACAUUCUUUUUUUAUUGAUUUUGUUUUGUAUAACUGUUAUGAAAGUAGAGAAACUAGAAGUUGUAUUCUCUUGUGUUAUUCA